AUGGGCUUGCUUGCCCUGCCCGUCCUCUACCCUUAUGGCAACCUCAAGGCAAUCGAUGCCUACUUUUUCGGAGCCAGCGCGUCGACUGAGUCUGGCCUGAAUACGUGCGUCCUGCUAUUCAUCUCGGGUGCUUCCGCUGACAGGUCGCCUUCCGUUCACAGCAUCGACGUAAAGGACCUCAAGACGUACCAGCAACUCUAUCUCUACUUUAUCCCUAUGUUUACCAACCUCGGCUUCAUCAACAUCAUUGUUGUCGUCGUACGCCUGUUCUGGUUCAAGAGACAUUUUAAGCGUCUCGCGCCCCAGCUGUUCAGCGGCCGACGACGAGGUGCACCUGACGCUGAUGUCGAAGAUACCCCGGAUACAUUGAAGGAGAUCGCAGGAACAAGCAGCAAGCUUCCCGUUGCGGUGGCAAGUGGGAACGAUGCCAGAACAACCAGCGGCGGUAUUGAUCAAUCUCCUGCGGCUAGCUCGAAUGGCGACGGACAGGUCGCGCGAACUACCACCAUCACCUUUGAUCCUUCUACGGAGCAGCACAAAGACAACGCCACUCUCUACAUCCCAGCGCCGCAGGACCGUGAGCGUGGUGAGACCUUUCAACCCCAAUAUGUGAUGUGGCUGCUGAUGAAGGAAGGGUAUCCUAUUGUUGCCAAGACUGGUGACGAGGAGUAUGGAGCUGAUGAUAGCGAUGAUGAGAACUGCAUCAAGCCGGUACGUAGCUCAACCUCCAACAACGUAGGUCCAUCCAUGCGUCGUCGCCAUCGUUUAAGCGGCAGUGAUAGCCUACAAAUCAGUGCAGCUCGGUCUAUGGAUCGUGUCGCUGGCGUCGCCGCAUCUCUCUUGGUUCUUGGGUCUGAGACUACGCCUCGUCGCCGUUCCGUGACCUCUGUCUCCCAACAGCAGCCAGCACUCAACGACCGUCCUUUCCUCUCGCGCCAGGCCACCAUUGGACGCAAUUCCCAGUUCCAUAACCUGACUUCACAUGAUCGGGAACUGCUGGGCGGUAUUGAGUACCGCAGUCUGAAGCUCCUGCUCAAGAUCGUGACUUCUUACUUCUUCGGCAUCCAUCUGUUCGGCGCCAUCUGCCUCGUCGGCUGGAUCCAGACAGCAAAUCCCAAGUACAAGGACUAUCUGCAGUCAACUGGACAGGACAAGAACUGGUGGGCUUUCUAUUCCGCCCAGACAAUGGUGGAUAACCUUGGCUUCACUCUUACGCCCGACUCUAUGAUCUCCUUCCGUGACGCCAAGUUUCCUAUGGUGCUGAUGAGCUUCCUCGCCUUCGCCGGUAACACACUGUACCCGGUCUUCCUGCGCCUGGUGAUCUGGCUUAUGUCAAAGAUCACGCCUAAGCAUUCCCCUACCCAGGAGCCUCUCGCUUUUCUCCUCGAGCACCCGCGCAGGUGCUACACUUUACUUUUCCCUAGCCGCCCAACUUGGAUCCUCUUCGCCAUUAUCUUUACUCUCAACUUUGUCGAUAUCCUGCUUAUAAUCAUCCUUGACCUUCACAAUCCCGAGGUUGCGUCUUUGCCCCUUGCUGCGCGCAUCCCAGCUGCUAUAUUCCAGGCUGCUUCGGCGCGUCAUACUGGUACCUCCACCUUCAACCUGGCAAACGUUAACCCGGCUGUGCAGCUCAGCCUUUUGAUCAUGAUGUAUAUUGCCAUCUUCCCUAUUGCUCUCAGCAUCCGCGUCUCCAACACGUAUGAGGAGAAGUCACUCGGAAUUUGGGAGCAAGAAGAGUCCCUGAACGAGAAAAAUGGCAAAUCAUAUCUGAUGACGCAUAUGAAAAACCAACUUGGUUUCGAUCUCUGGUAUAUCUUCCUGGGUACCUUUUGCAUUUGCGUCGCCGAAUCUGAUAGGAUCGCCGAUGUUAAUGAGCCGGCCUUCUCUGUCUUCUCGGUUCUCUUUGAGGUGACCUCAGCCUAUGGCAACGUUGGCUUGAGUCUGGGUUACCCAACAGUCAGUACUUCUCUGUGUGGUAUGUUUGGAACCUUUGGCAAAGUUGUCAUUUGCUUGAUGAUGAUCCGAGGGCGUCAUCGUGGGCUGCCCUACGCCCUUGACCGAGCCAUCAUGCUGCCUAAUGAGCAAGUUGUAGGGUACUCUGCAGAGAGCUCUCUAUAA